GCAGCCAGAGAAAGUCCUUCUCCAAGCCUUCCCGGGAGGGUCACCACAGUUUUGGCAGAAGCUGUCACCAGCAAGUUAAUCAUCUUUGCAAACAGGCUGAGCACAGAGAAGCAGAGGGAAAUGUCCCCACGUGGAAUGGUGCAGGUGGAGGUACAGAGCCAGACUCGGCCUCGAGCUGUGGGUUCUCCCCACCCUGAGUGGGGCACCUCAUUUACACAGCCCGUCCCAAACUCAGUUCAACAUCUGCAGGCAGGGGAUUCUUACAAAACAGACCUGGAGACAGGAUUUUUCCCAAGCUGGACAGAAGCCUUUAAGGGCAAGGAGGUAACAGCUGGAGAAGGUCAGCAGGCCAGAGGGGUCACCUCUCAAGGGAAGACGUGCAAGCCCAAGACUGACAUAGUUUUCCUGAAAGUCCACAAGAGCGCCAGCAGCACUGUCAUGAACAUUCUGUUCCGCUUUGGGGAGACGCACAAUCUCACCUUCGCCUUCCCCCAAGGCGGGGGCUUCCAGCUCUACUACCCACACCACUUCCUAGCCAGGUUCGUGCAGGGCUUCUCCCCACUCAGCCCCCGGCGCUUCAACAUCCUCUGCCACCACAUGCGAUUCCUGCUGCCAGAGGUGCAGAAAGUGGUGUCCAGCUCUGCUGUCUACUUCUCCAUCCUGAGGAACCCCGUGCAGCUGAUGGAGUCCUCCUUCGUGUACUACAAGGGAGCGUCGGCCUUCUCGCGCGUCCGCAGCCUGGAGGAGUUCCUCAGCCAGCCCUACCGCUACUACGACCCCACCAGCGGCGACCGCCACUACUCCAGGAACCUCAUGACCUUCGAUUUCGGCUUCAACCCCGAUGGAGAGGUGUCCCCUGAGCGAGUGCAGCUCAUGCUGAAGGCCAUCGAGGCGUCCUUCAACUUUCUGCUCAUCUCCGAGUACUUUGACGAGUCCAUGGUGCUGCUGAAGGAGAUGCUGUGCUGGGACCUGGACAGUGUCGUCUCCUUCCCGCUCAACACCAGGGACAGCAGCACCAAGUCCCCCCUUUCGGACUCCGUCGUGGAGAAGCUAAAGGCCUGGAACAGGCUGGACUGGGAAAUCUACACCCACUUUAACAGGACCUUCUGGGAGAGGAUCGACCGGGACAUCGGCCGGGAGCGCCUGCGGCGGGAGGUGAGGGCGCUGCGGGAGCGGCAGGCGGAGCUGGCCCGGACCUGUCUGCAGGGCACGGGCAGCGUGGCCCCCAAGGACAUCAAGGACUCUUCCCUGCGGCCGCUGCAGCACGGCGGGGCCAGGAUCCUGGGCUAUAACCUCAAGCAGGGCUUGGAUUGGGAGCUGGAGCGGACCUGCCGACGGCUGGUGACGCCGGAGCUGCAGUACAGCAGCCUCCUCUACAAGAAGCAGUUCCCCCCGCCGCCCCCCGAGACCGCCCUGUCCGCCUCCUCCCGACAGCACCGGCUGGAGCCCACCCCAAACUGAGCCCCCCUGGCCCUGCGGACACCCUU